CUUAUUCUCUCAGUGCAUGUGCUUGAAAGUUCGAGACAAAUUAUACAGAAAGGAAAGUUUCAAAAAGCAAUCUGUGCACAAUGGCUGAACACAUGGAAUCCAAUUUUUUGCAAAUUGUUUCGCUGACUAUCGAGGACUGUUUGGGUUGCGAAAAGGAGUUUUUGAAAUUUUCUCAGGUUGACAAUGUGCAUCUACUGCUGUACAAUCUGGACAAGCCGAAUGGCACAGUGCCAUCGUCGCCACUGAUUGUGACGCCCGUCGGCCAUGCUCUGCAGCUAAUGUGCGGCAAGGAGUAUACCAAUGGGGAGAGCUUGCGCCGUUUGUCGCAGCUGGAAGUGGGCAAGGGAAGCGUGAAGAUGACCUUCAAAUUGGAGCGCUUGGGCGGCAUUAGUGUUGAAUAUGAUCCCGAUCCCGAGAGUGACUUGGACAUGGAGCCAAGCACUUCGAAGCAGGCCCAAGAGCGCCAGGAGCGCCGCAGUCAACAAAAGCAACUAUUGCGCUCGCGUCGCCAUAUGAUCUACGAGGUCAACGUGCAUCGUCGUUUCGACGAUGAGGAUCGCUUAGAUUGCAUUAACUUCCAAAUCAAUUUGGGCGAAUGGCGUGAAGUAUCCGUUGUCGAGUUCCACAAUAUAUUCUUCGUGCAGCCACCACAAUUGUCGGAGCUCAUGUGCAAUGUCCAACAGGACUACGCAAAUAACUGGCUGAAAAUCAUCCAGGCCGAUGCUAGCACCUACAGCAAUCUCAGAGAGGAUGGCAAUCCGUUCGAUACUUUCGCCAAGCUACUUGAUCGCCAGAACAAUGACCACCAUCAGCUGCUUCUGAAAAAGCUGGCCACCAAUUGCCUGGCGGCCAAUGAGGCCACUCGUUUGACCGAACGUCGAUUCUUACUGCAAAUGUUCGACAAAGUUCGCAUCAUUUUUGAGUAUAUCACGAUCAACGAGUACACCGUGUGGUUCUUUGUGCCACGCCUCAAUCGUUAUACGGCUUUGGAUCAGGUGACUGUGGACGACUUUGACUUUUGCAAUGUGCGCAGCAGCAUUAAGUUAAUUCGGGAUGAAAGCGAAUUCUUCUGGCAUCGCACUGACCAUAAUAUCAUCGACAUACUACUAGUGGCCUUUCAACUGGCACUCGCACACAUUGCCAGGCAGUCGGUCUUGUUUCUGGGCCAACUCGAGAAGCUAAGCGAGUUUGUUUGCUUGCAAUAUGCGACGGCUACCUUUAUGAACGGCACUCAAUCAAAAUCUGAUGCUGCCAACACGACUAAAUGGUUUUGCAUGCGCUACUUGCAUCGCAUUAUCGAGCUAUCAGAGUCGCUGGGCUUGGUGGUGUUCAUUGAGUAUCCUGGUGCCAUGACACUGCUGCCAGAGAAUCGCCAGGUAAUCAAAUGCGUGCAAAAGCGAGAUGUCAAAACUGGCGCCAUCUCUUGGCAGGUAGGCGAGGAUGUGACCAAAGUAGCGGCCAGCGGCAUUCAGAAUCUGAAGGAGGUCAUCAAUUUGAAGUAAAUGCAUGUUUCAUUAACGAUUUUUUUUUGUUUUGGGAUUCAUAUUUUUUUUUAACAAACUGCUUA